CCACGCCCAACAAGCCCUUCACUUGAUAGUUUGCCUUUUGCACGCAGCUUGUUGUAUUUACCUUUCAGUGUGCGGGCUUGCGCACUCGGGCUCGGCGAGCCUGCCGUUCUGCCGAUCUGGGCAUCCCAAAUCCACAUUACAAGACGCCACCAGAGAGCUAUUGGCCACUCCACCUCUCCAGCGACUGGCCCUUAUAGCGACCGAGCCCAUGCUCUGCGGUUCUGAACUCUGCUGAACUCUGACCUCAUGUCUACGUCGAAGUCUCUAAAAGGAAGCUGGUCUGGUGCUUGGGCUUCCUACGGUCACCACACCGCUCGGCGCUGCCGGGCGACUCUUGUCCCCAAGGCUGCUGCUGUUCAGCCCGCGUCGGCAAACACCCGCGACAUGAGCUCCGCUCUGUCGCUAGCGAACAUUCGCAGCUCGCUGAUUCGCCAGGAGGACACCAUCAUCUUCAGCUUCAUUGAGCGCGCGCAGUUCUGCCGCAACCUGCCCGUUUACACGCCCGACGCCAUCCCCGUGCCCGGCUUCGACCGCUGUGGGCGGCGCUACUCACUGCUGGAAUAUGUGCUGCGCCAGACGGAGCAGCUGCAUGGUAGCGUGCGGAGGUACACGUCGCCUGAUGAGCACGCCUUCUUCCCGGACGACCUGCCGACGCUUGUGCUGCCGCCCAUCACCUACCCCUCGGUGCUGGACCCCUGUGCGGACGCCAUCAACAUCAACGACCAGAUCCUGCGGGUCUACGUGGACGACAUACUGCCGGGCCUGACCACACCCGGUGACGACUUCAACUACGGCAGCUCCGCCACACUGGACGUGCCGUGCCUGCAGGCGCUGUCGAAGCGGAUACACUACGGCAAGUUCGUGGCGGAGGCCAAAUUCCUCGCCAAGCCGGAGGAGUACAGUGCGCUGAUCCGGGCGGGCGACGCGGACGGCAUCAUGGCGCUGCUCACAGACAAGGAGGUGGAGCGGCGGGUGGUGGAGCGCGUGCGGCGCAAGGUGGCCACCUUCGGCCAGGACGUGACGGAGAACGGCACCGCCGCGGCGUCGGGAGCCAACGGCGACGGCGCCCCCCGGCUCAAGGUGUCUCCGGACCUGGUUGCGCGGGUGUAUGAGGAGAUUGUGAUGCCGCUCACCAAGGAGGUGGAGGUCAUCUACCUGCUGCGGCGACUGGACAGCCAGCAGGCGGGGGGGCCGGCGGCCGGCAGCAGCGCCAGCGCCAGCAGCAGCGCCAGCGGGAGCGCCAGCGGGAACAGCAGCCCCUCGACCUCGGCGGCGGCGGCGACGCGGUAGCAGCUGGUUUUGGGGGGAGCUAGGGCCUUGAGAGGUCUUCAUACUGGUUUAGCUGCUUGUGGGUCAGGGGCGUUGGGGCUUGCUCGUGCUAGGAAAGGUUUUUGUUGUGGAGUAACGUGCGUGAGGCAAGAGUGUACGAGUGCUGAGCGUGUUGCGACUGGAACCGCUAACAAGCGUGUGAGCAUGUCAUGAACUCGUGCAGCUUCAGUGACUGGGGUUACACCACGACAUUGUUUCGUCAGUUCCGAUGACUGAGCGUCAGGAUGGUGUGGCAGAGCUGAGCCGUGCACACUCAAGUCGUGCGCGCGUUGCACAGGUGUGAACACAAUAUAGAAUGCAGAGAGAUGUCAGGCUGGGAGUGAGGACGAGUCGUGAGAAUGCGCACGGAGAUACGGGUGGUUGGCUGAACUUCUGCUGGUUUGUAGGAAGAGCUCGAACAAACCGCGCGCAGGUAGGAGUGCAAAAGGGUAAACCGUUCACACAAAGUGUCCACUUUACAGCACCAGGCCCUGCCCUUCCGGCUGAUCCAGCCCCUCCUUGUAAUUAGCAUUGACU